CCUCUGUCUCUUGAUGCCGAAAUCGCGAGGGCGCGGGAGGGCGAUCUCUUUUUGCUCUCUCUCGUGUCCUGAAAAGCAGGUGGUCUCAAUUGACAGCAACUCGCAUGAAUAAAUCAACCAGCAUCCGAUGUACCCCAGACCAUGUAUACGUAUAAUAAAAAUCACCGUGUCAGCGAGUCACGUGACAUUUCCUCCCCUGUCCUCCCCUCCCCUCCAGAUCCAGAUCUAACACACUAAAACCCCCUCCACACUCCAAUACUCCAUCGCUUUCCGUCUCCACCCUGGUCUCCUCCCAUCGAUAGAGUGGUAGCGAGAUGCUGGGCCGGACGUUAAACUUGAGGGCGGAGCAGGUCGGCCGGGGCGCCCUCCGGGCCGGUGGCAACCUUUGCUUCGCCGUCUUCGUCCUGGGUGUUUUGGUGUUCACCCUCAUCGCUGCCACUUACCAGCCUGACGACCCACUCCUCCACCCAUCCUCAUCCCAUCUCACCUCCUUCCUCACCUCCACCUCCAAUGCUACCUUCAGCUCCGACGACUCCGUUCUCCGCACCGGCGAAGACUUCCUCAACGUCUCCUCCUCCUCCUCCGACUCCUCUGUCUUACAACAAGAACCCGACUCCGCCUUCAUCCACCUAUCCGACGUCCCUAAUACUACUAAUAUCGCCACCGUUACCGCCACCGACUCCACCGCCACCGCCACCGCCACUGACUCCACCACCGCCACCAGCUCCGUCGCCUCUGACUGCGACUCCACCGCCCCCAUCGACUGCUCUGACCCGGAGAUCUUCCACCUCAUGAUGCGCUUCGCCAUCGAGUCUUUCCCCGACAUCCACUUCUACCGCUUCGGCAAGCCCGUCGCCGCACCCGCCGCACCCUCCGGCGAUGGCGCCGCCGCCGUCGCAGCCUGUGACAUGGCUUGGCGGUUCCGUCCCAGGGACGCCAAGCGCGCCACCUUCUACAAGGACUACCGCCGCUUCGACCUCGGCCGCAAUCCGGCCAACUGCUCCGUCUCCGUCGCCAAGAUCGGCGAGUUCCACUCCGGCGUCAAUGCCCGCAAGAAGCGCCGCUCCAAGGGCGGCGCCUCACCCUCGGGGGACUUCGCGCCGAAGAAGGCGGAGAAAGUAGUGGUGGCUCCGGCGGAGGUGGUGCCUGUGGUGGGGGAGGCGGUGAACGACGCCCUCCCGGUGGUGGAGUCCGAGACGAAGUUCAGCAGCGGCCGGUAUCUCAUCUACUCUGGCGGCGGCGACCGGUGCAAGAGUAUGAAUCACUACCUCUGGAGCUUCCUCUGUGCUCUCGGCGAGGCCCAGUACCUAAAUCGGACCCUUGUCAUGGACCUCACCAUUUGCCUCUCCUCUCUGUACACCAGGACCGGGCAGGACGCCGAGGGGAAGGACUUCCGGUUCUACUUUGACUUCGAGCACCUCCGGGACUCGGCCUCAGUCAUCGACCAGCGCCAGUUCUGGACUGACUGGUGGAAAUGGGAGAAGAAGAAUGGGCUGACCCUCAGCUUUGUGAAUGAUUUCAAGGUCACGCCGAUGAAGCUUGCCGACGUUAAGGACACCCUUAUUAUGAGGAAGUUUGGGGAUGUCGAGCCGGACAACUACUGGUACAGGGUAUGUGAGGGCGAGACCGAGUCGGUGAUCCAGCGGCCGUGGCACCUCAUCUGGAAGUCCCGCCGGCUGAUGGAGAUUGUGUCAGCCAUUGCCUCAAAGAUGAAUUGGGACUUCGAUUCAGUUCACAUUGUGAGAGGAGAGAAAGCGAAGAACACUCAACUCUGGCCAAAUCUUGAUAGAGACACUUCUCCGGAUGCACUGCUUGCAACCCUCCGGGAUAAGAUUGAGGAUGGCAGGACCCUGUAUAUUGCGACCAAUGAGCCGGAUACCUCAUUCUUUGAUCCCUUAAAGGAUAAGUACACCACUCGCUUCCUUGAUGAUUUCAAGGACUUGUGGAAUGAGAACAGUGAAUGGUACUCAGAGACUAAAGAGUUGAACAAUGGGUCUCCAGUGGAGUUUGAUGGCUACAUGAGGGUGGAGGUUGACACCGAAGUGUUGUUAAGGGGAAAGAAGCAGCUUGAGACCUUCAAUGAUCUCACCAGGGAUUGCAAGGAUGGCGUGAAUACUUGUCCCGCUUCUUCCUGAUCUUGCGAUGGAAUUGGAUGGUCCAGGCUGAUCUUUCUGGGACUUGUCCAUCCUUGGCAUUGCUUAGUGGAAUAAUGGAUGGCCUGUUUUACCUUUGAUCAUCAAGGUUCACUUCCAGUGAGGCUGUGAUAUUUCCAAAGAAGCGGUACAAAGAUCUAUUUGAUCAUUGAUGAGAUUUUUUUCUUAAUUUUCAGCCAUAUGAGGAAUGUUUCCUUAAAUGCAUUUGACCAUUUAUACUAUUGUUUUGCGAAAACAGGGUCAUUGUUAGUGGUGAUCUUGUAAGUGCCAUCUUGUAUUAAGGAGACUGAAGUUAUGAAAUUCAUAAGUGAUGCAAAUUCAAAAAGCUGUAUUCCUCUCA